UUGAGAGGGUAUAUAAAGUGGGAUGAUUCCUCCGAGUGGUAAAAAUUCCGGUCGGUCAUCAAGACACGGUCUGCAGAAACACCCGAAUAUCUGGUGAAAUGAUUUUACAGCAGCUCAAUUUCUACUUCCUUCUGGCCCUCUCCAUUCUCUCACUCGCCGCGGCAGCCCCAGCUCCGGACCCCAAUGACGACCGUGAGAUAUCCGUCUACAUCGUCCCGGGCAACGAAACCUUCCCAGAGGGCAUCGCCCGCCAGCCCAACUCACCGUACUUCUACGUCGGCAGCGUUACAACAGGGGACAUAUACCGCGGCAACAUCCACGAGAAACACCUCGUUCACUUCCUGACCGGUUCGACGUAUGGCCUCGCAAAUGCUGUGGGCAUGAAAAUCGACUGCAGGGACCGUCUGUACGUGGCCGGUGGCACUACCGGCACCCUCUUCGUCUUCGACCUGCGUACAAAGAAACUGCUACAUCGUUUUAGCAAUGGCUUCGUCGGCAUGAACGUGACUCUGCUGAAUGAUCUGGUUAUCGACGAGGCGGGGGAUGUCUACGUUACCGAUACGGUUCUGCCCACGCUGUUCAGGGCCAAGGCUAGCGAAGUGAACGGGCCCACGGUGGACCUCGCGUUGGAGAAGUGGAUAGAUUUGACGGGGACUAUGGGGCCCGGCGGUAAUGGGAUUGUGGUUACCGAGGAUCAGAGGUAUUUGCUUGUUGCGGAUAUUUACGCCGGGGAGAUUUGGAGGGUUGCUAUUUCUUCGAGGAAGGUUGAUAAGGUCGAUUUUGGGGGAGUGGGGGUAGGUUUUAUUCUUUUGGGUUUUUAUAUGAGCAAUUCGGUUAACGUUUGACGGGUGAAACACAGAUUGGACAACCGGACGGCCUGCUCAUCCGCGAUAACAUUUUGUACUCCGUUAACUCCCUUCAUGAGAUUGGUCAAUUCAUCCGGGUCAUUAAGAUGCACCCGGGGUAUCUUUCUGGAACGCCGGUGAGGAGUAUAACCAGUGGGCUGUUUGAAAGGCCGUCGACGGCGGCCUUUGAUGGGAACGACUUGCUAGUGGUCAAUUUUCAGUUUGGUGUUGAGAUCCCAGUACUACCCUUCACAGUGGUUAGGGUUCCUAUAUGGGGAUAAUCAUAUUGUAUGCUGGUACUACUUGUAGCUAAAUUUAGUACUAUGGAGUUGACAGGGGCGGUGGAUCGGUCAAUGAUGCCAAUGUCUUUCAAACCAUUAACCUGAUUCGGUUGGAGGAAUCAAAUCAAUUGGAGGUGUUGGAAGAGUCAAAGUCGAGCGCAUGA